AUGUCGCUGCUCGCCUCCUACGCCGGCACGGCGCUGCUGUCCGGGCUGCAGACCUCGACGCAGGGCUUGCUGUUUGUGCUGCUGUGCGGCGGCGCGGGCCUGCUGCGCACCUGGCUGCGGGCGCGUGACGAGCGGCUCGGCCUGUCGCGCUCGCUGCGCACGCCGACGGACCUGACGUUCUGGCCGCGCUCGUACGCCGGCAGUCGCUUCCACUCGCGCUUCAACAGCAAGUGCAGCAGCGGCGCCACGACGCCCGAACUCAUGAGCCUGAGCCCCGUCAGCGAGGCGUGGAGCCGCGGCAGCAGCAGCGGGCAGACGACGCCCUCGCCGCCGACGCCGCGCGCCCUCGCGCCGCCCACGCUCGGCUGCUGGCCGUGCUGA